GAGGAGGGGGGAAAAAACGCGCCAGUAGGAAAUGAUAAGGAAAUCAACCAAUGACGGUUCAGACACGAGCCAAUUACAGACGAAAGGAGGUGGGCUACAAUAGUCAUCGAACGGGUGGAGGGAAACAAAUAACCGUUGAGGGAAGGGGCUGCGCUUGACUGAUGGCGAAGGUGGCCAUUGAAAAUGCGGCGGGAGGCAGCAACAGCCAAUCAUAUCGCGAGAUGAAACAGGGGCUUGAAGGCCUACGUUUUUAACUGGUUUUCGAGCCCGACGGUCUAAGCAGCUAGUGUUCCAUGUGCUGCUGGCGCUGCUGAAAAGGCCUACCGGAAUAGACCUCCCAGAGUACGGCGGACAUCAUCAUUAGAUACCAUCCUUGGAUCAUACCUUAUGGGUCAGUGGCCUCGGGAUGCUGAAGGAGUUCCCUUGUCACAUAUGAGUGACAAAUCUACCCAGACUCCAGUAUCCUGGCAUGAAUCAGAGGUGGGAAAAGUUGCAGCUCAUAAGCGAUCGGCCUCAUGGAAUAGCGUAGAUCAUCGUAGAGAGAUCGCUAAACUGAAACAGCAGCUCCAGCGAACAAAGCUUGGUGCUUGGAAUGGCAAAGAGAAAGACCAGAGUUCUCCCGUUCAAGGCAAUCAUAGUGUGGUUUCAUCAGCCAAGGCUUCCCCACCUGCAUCCUUUCCAGUCCUGACCACUGUAUCGAUCAGCCCCUGUUUGCACAACAGUUUCGACGGUAUCAAUCAGGAAUUGGAAGAGGUGUUUGUAAAAGAGCAAGGAGACGAGGAACUCCUCAGAAUCUUGGAUGUCCCGGAUGGGCACAGAGCCCCAGCCCCCCUCCAGAGAGGCCCUGGGGAUUCCUUGUUGCCACAGCUGGAAAACAGCGGUAGCAGCUGCAGCAGCCUUUCUCUUUCUCCAUCCCCUUCAGCUGCUCUUGGACAAUCCCCAUAUAUUCCUGCCCGAAUAACAACUGAUGAAGCUUUGCCUGGGGCUUUGGACAAGCCAGUGUUGGAGGCCAAAGGAAGAGAAAAUGGCAGCACUUCUCCAGUCUUUGCCUUUGCCCUGUCUCCUCGUCCCAACCACACCUACGUGUUCAAGCGGGAGCCUCCGGAGGGGUGUGAAAAAAUCCAUGCUUUUGAGGAAGUGGUGCCUGAUCAGCCUGUCCUGCCCUCUUGUCCUGAUAAGAACAAAGUCCACUUCAAUCCAACUGGCUCUGCCUUUUGCCAGUUUAGCCUGGUGAAACCUCUUAUUCCCAAUGUAGACUUCCUGUUCAGAGACUUCUCUUCCUCUCCCAGCCCAAUGCCACCAGGCACAUUCUCGUCUUGUCAAGCCACUACCACUGUCCCCAUCCUCACUUUACAGAAAGACUUGAGAGGAGACAACUUCAGUGAAAAACCAAAAUCUCCUUCAUUGGGCUUGGAGUCCUGGAAACGGCACCAGCCUGAAGACACUGUCCUCUUCCAUAGUUCCCUGGUCGUCUGAAGCUCAGGGAGUGGAGCAGAGGCAAAAUGAAUCCAUGGUCCUUCCAAGGCCUGUAGAGAAAAGUGCCUUGAUACUGGGAAGCUGAGUGAUCCCAGCAACAGCCUUAACAUAAAGAUUGCUAUUGGACUCCAUUCAGCCACAGUAGUCUUGGUACUCCCAGUACUUAAAGCACUUCUUUUCCUUAAGAGUCUCUGUCAAUGUCUUUCUGCUGCUCCAGGAUCCAAAAAGCACCUAGUCUUCUCUGUUGGAAUACAUACACAGUUAAUUACCAGGAUUAUCUUUCUCUCUGCUUGCUGUGUGAGGCAGGAGCUCAUUGAUAGUGUUUUAAUGUUCCUAGAGAUGUUUCUCAAGGUUCCUACAGAAUAGAGAGCAUGAAUAUAAGAUGCCAGAAUUUGUGUAUGUUGAUUGAACAGUUGAUGUCACUGGGUAAAAAUUGAGCAGGGUACUGUUUCAUGGGAUGCCAAGUCUGCAAUACCCUGUUAAGAUUCUUUUCAUACCCUGCUCUGCACUGAAUGGCACUCACAUCACUGGAACACAAUCAGCUAAAUGCUUGAAGUGUUUUCUAAUGAUUAUGCCGUACCAGAUAGUUGACAAAAAUACUUAAGGUGUGUGUCUUAGAGAUAAAGAUCUUGAUUCCCUUCUUAAGAAGGAACAACAAAGGAGUGUCCUGUCUGCAGUUUUUCUAGGUGGACCUCCUGAAAUUACUUCUUUGAACAGAACUUUGCAGAAUGAGAUUGAAGCCCAAGCCAUUCUGGAGGGAUGCAGCUGUCAGCGGAAUUAACAUAUGCUAUUUUUUCUUUAUUAUAAUAAAUUGAACUGGUUGAUUGCAUCUUGACACUACAACUGUUCUAGCCCUUGAGUUGGAUAAAUCAGCUCAGCUUUAUCCCCACUUUUAAUGCACAGAAGUCUCCAAAGAUCCUACGUUCACUUACACCUUCAUUCUAUACCUCCACCAGCCCCCUCAAUGGAAAGGCCUUAAACCUGGUGAUGCCUUGAUUGCAAAGUGUAUUAGAAAGUCAUUUUUUUGUUGUUGUUGUAAAGUUUCUGGAUUGUAUUAGGAGGAUUUCAUGAAAUUGAGAGAGAAAAAGUAUAUUUUCUUUUGAAGACAGUAUUUUUGCAGCUACUUUUGAAGUUUUUGUAAAUUUUAAUGUACGCACCACAAAAAGCUUAAUGAAACAAUCUUAGCCUCAGAGGUUUGAGUUUAAAGGUUUUUGCAGAUUCAUGGUGUUUAAACCAAUUAAAAGAACGAUAAAAAUGUUGGAUAUCAAGUAAGUUUAUACACCCUUAUGUUAGAAAAAAAGAACGUAAUAGACAAAAUAGCUUGGGAUGUAACUUUUGUAUUCUGAUUUCACUGUUUACAAUUGUACUAUUUACUGCCUUACAAGUUUUCAUUGUACUACCAAAACUGAAUGAGAAUUGACAGAUGGAUGGAGUGGUGGUGUAUUAUCUACCCAUAUCCCAGAUACUACAUUCAGCUGUUAACUUUUUUCAGGUAGCUAGUGGUAACAUUUGAAAUUUUGAGAAUAUGUUGUGGUUACACUCAGAAAAUGUCUCUAUAUUCAUACUGGCUGCCAUGAUAGGCAUGCCAAUCACAAAACAUCCAGCUCACAGAAGAUAAAUUGGUGUGGUUUUACUUGCCAGCCCUAUAGCCCCCAGAAUAUUCCAACAUUUUAGUUUAACUUUUCCCCCUUUUCUAAGCAUAUUUCCAAACAUAGCACUAGAUUGUAACCUCCAACCAUUUUAUUUUGUAAGAACACCAAGAGAUUUGCAAGUAAGAAUGGUGCUCUGUUCCCUAAAACAUGAAGUAACAGGAGAAAGCCUAACUUGGGAAAACAAAUCUGAUAAGUAUCACAGAAACUUAAUGGAAUGAGAAUCAUGAGUGGAACAUAAUAUUCAAAGCAUAUUACUUGUACAAAAGAACAAAAAGAGAUGGAAUGGCUUUUAUGUUUUUUUUUAAAAGCCAUAUGUCUGUGAAGAAAUUCAUAUCCCUCAAUAUCAUGUUAAGAGUAUCUGGGUAAAAUUAAAAGGAGUAAGAAAUAAAAGGGAUACCAUUGUAG